UGUUCCCAAUGGCGGCUGCUAAGCGGAUGCGAGUUUCGCUAGGCGAAAAUUCAAAGGACCAAAAUGGAUCUUAUUCUAAAGGAAAUUCUUCUAAAAGUGGAAAAACACAUAAUACAGAGUCUCUUCUUGACAUAUGUGCUAAAAUUGUUGGUGAAAAUAUACCAUUUCAAAAAAUUGAGCAGCGUUUCGAUCGGAUACCCGAACCUGUUCAAAGUCGGAUAGUUUUUUGGUCAUUUCCUCGUAAUGAACGAGAUAUAUGCAUGUAUUCCUCCUUUUCACAAGUUGGAAAAGAAAAUGCAGACAGUGACAAACUUCCAUUCAAUCAAGGAAUUAAAUUGCUGGAGUCUGGAGCUGUUGAAAAAGUUCUGCAAAUAGGUUUCCACUUGAGUGGUACAGUCAAAGAGCCUGCUAGUCCAUUAUUCUCACAACCAGAACGUGUCUUUCAAGUUUCCAUUAGUUUUGAUAGGUGCAAGAUAACAUCGGUGAAGUGUGGUUGUGGAAAUAAAGAUAUAUUUUGGUGCCAACACGUUGUAGCAUUAUCAUUGUAUAGAAUAAGGAAAGCAAAAAGUGUUCAAUUACGGGUCCCUAUAUCAGAAACAUUACUACAGAUGAAUAGAGAACAAUUACAAAAAUUUGCUCAGUAUUUAAUAUCAGAACACCAUACAGAUGUCCUACCCACAGCACAGAAUAUAGCUGAUGAAAUUUUACAGGCUCAGUCACAAAUAAAUCAAUUACCAGGUGCUCCAGACCCCACUGCUGGUGCCUCAAUAGAUGAUGAUAACAGCUGGCAUCUGGACGAGGACCAAGUCCGGGAGCAAGUCCGAUCCUACCUCUCUCAGGGAAACUACCUCAGCUCCGCAAAUCACCUCAAUUCUAUGUUUGCAAAGGUACGAGAAAUGUUGCAAGCAAAAGAUUCCAAUGGUGCUAGAAUGUUACGUCUCAUCACGGAACAGUUUCUGGCAGAUCCUCGACUUGUUGUUUGGAGAACGCAGGGGACUCAGAUGAAUGACAAGUGCAGACAACUCUGGGAUGAACUUGGUGCACUAUGGGUCUGUGUGGUUUUAAACCCCAAUUCCAGUUGUGCCGAGAAGGAGCAGUGGCAACAGCUGCUGGAACAAUGGUCUUCCAAUCAAGUCUGUCCUCUAGAAGAUGCAGAUAGCCGAAAUAUGAUCACACAUAUAGGUGCAAAUAAUUUAGGUGCUGCAUUAAAUCCUCAGCCAGUCCGAGCACGAACAAUAUUUCAAAGAGCCCUAGAAGCAAGCAAGCUUACGUGGCGUGACAAACACCUACAGCUGAUUUUACGGCAUGACCUUGACAUUGAUGAAGCUGACAAGGACACAGAUAUGUUUGACUGUAGAGGCAUUCCAUUAUGGCAUGAGCAUUUACCAACAGCUUGUGCUCGAGUUGAUGCAUUGCGUUCCCAUGGUUACAGUAAUGAAGGUCUACGAUUGGCUGUUGUGAUCGUGCAAACGUUAAAACAUCAGCAGCUGAUCAACCACAAGAAACAUCAAAUAGAGUUGGAAGGUAUGCCAAGCACUAGUCGAGGGUCUGGGACUUCAUUUUUAGUUCAGACCAACAUGGAAGCUUGGGUUGGACACCCACUAGAUCCAGUCAGUGUAUUGUUUGACACUCUACUGGAGGCCUCAAAAGCACAAGAGGAAUGCCCUCAAAAUCUAGAUCCCCUAAGCAGUAGGUUAUUCUUCAAUGAGAAUGGAUCCAGCUGCCUUCCAGUUCGAUAUGUUCACAAAAUAAUCCCUGGUCACUGUGACAACAGCGAGUCCUACCUUACGCUGGCGUUAGAGGUAGCAUUGAUAGGUUUGGACCAGCAGAGAAAUAUGCCAACAGGGUUGUACGCCCAGGAGAAAACUUGUAAACAGGAGGAGAAGUUACUGGCCAAAUUGCAAGCUCUUGAACUAGAUGCAACUUUAGUGAAAGUUUUGUGUAAACAGUGUGUUCAAAUGCUUGAUGGUGGUCCUACUUGUGGGUUAGGUAUGGGAAUUCACACUGAGAGUUAUCCCAUGCACACUUUUGCAAAAUAUCUGUUCAACAGUUUACUUACACAUAAUGAGGAUUUGGCAUACAGGAUCGGUCUGAGGGCAUUAAGAUUACCAGUAUUAGAGAACACGGAGGAGUUGGACGAUGGUCUCAAUAAUGUAGGAUCGGUGGUGUUGUCAAGGUUUCCGCGGUGGUUUAUUCUAGGGCACGUUGAGGGACAGCAGUGUGAACUGGCCUGUACUCUUCUCAAUGCAGCCAAAGGGUCACCCGCAAGAUUGCAAACAGUAUUAGAGGCGGCUCAGCGGCAUAUUCAUAGCUCCUCCCAACUAUUCAAACUAGCACAAGAUGCAUUUAAAAUAGCCACGCCCCCUGACAGUCCCAAACAUUUACCUGCGUUGAAAUCUGCUUACGAGCUCGGGUUGCAGGUCAUGAGAAUGACUCUGAUGACGAUGAAUUGGCGUCGACGGGAGAUGGUACGCUGGUUGGUGACGUGCGCUACUGAGGUUGGAAUUCAGGCAUUGAUGUCAAUUAUGCAAAAUUGGUAUACUCUAUUUCAGCCCAUAGAAGCAACUGGAAUGGUCGCUACAACAAUUAUGACCCCUUCAACAAUGAUUCAACUUAAUCUGACUCAGAAUUUCUCCCAACAAGAAGAACUUGCCAAGUGUGCUAGGGCUCUUGCUCUUCAGUGUGCUACCAAAGACCCCCAGAAUUGUGCACUAUGUGCUCUUACUUUGUGUGAAAAAGACGCAAUUGCAUUUGAAACAGCAUACCAAAUAGUUGUAGAUGCGGCUUCACAUAUUAUGAAUUCAAGUCAUUUAUUUACAAUUGCAAGAUAUAUGGAGCAUCGAGGCUACCCGAAUCGGGCGUACAAAUUGUCCCUUCUCGCAAUGAAAAACUUGCAUUUAGCUUAUAAUCAAGACACACACCCAGCCAUCAAUGAUAUACACUGGGCAUGUGCUCUUAGUCAUUCAUUAGGACGGGUCGAACUUAGCAAUAUGAUCCCACUCCUUGUUAAAAACGUGCAAUGUGCCACAGUGUUAUCAGACAUUCUGCGUAGAUGCACCCUCUCAGCGCCAGGUUUAGCAAAUACGGACGGAAAGAGACGUGCUGUGAAGCUGUUAUCGUACGAUAAACAGCCAUUAAGACAACUUAUGGAAGCAACAAUCUGUGCGUAUAUCAACACAACUCAUUCAAAACUCACACAUAUAAGUCCACGUCACUACGGUGAUUUUAUAGACUUUCUCAGUAAAGCGCGUGAAACAUUCCUACUUGCCCAUGACGGCCAUAUGCAAUUCACACAGUUAAUCGAAAGCAUGAAGCUUGUGUAUAAAGGAAAGAAAAAGUUAAUGUCUUUGAUCAAAGAAAGAUUCGGAUUGUGAUGACAGUAUACUUAGGUUGUUAGGCUUUAAUUUUGAGAAGAAAAGAAUGGGGCGUAGCUCUGUCAAGACUCUCAUGAAAAUACAAAACAAACAGUUUAUACAUGUUCUAAACUAUGUUUGCUGACGAAGGUUUAACUUAUUUGUCAGGUAACUGUUCACGGGUUUAUGGUGGCAAAGUAAAACACCUUAUGUUUUGAUGUUUAGCUGUUGUACUACAUAAAGGGGAGAUAUUCUCUUAUGCCAAGAUUAACAAUUAGGGAGUUACCUGCCUUGAUUCACAAUGUUGUGGCUUUUUUUUUCUCAUGUCACUGAUUAUUGAAAUCAUGAAAAAAAACUAUAUCUUAAAUUAUGUGAUUAUUUUUUUUUUUCCGAUUUUUUUAUUAUUAAAUUUCUUAAAGAAGAUCCGUCUCUUACCUGGCUUACAUUAAAGCUUCAAGAACUAGGUCAUUUUAUUAUUUUGUUUUGGGUUAUUGUAUUAGAGAUACUAAAUGACUAAAAGUAAACAAAUACAUAAUAAAUCUUUAUUAUUAGUAUUUAUUUCCAUACAGUUGAAUACAAUUAAGAAUGAACUGAAGUUGGAAAAUUAUUUAUUUGGGACCAUAAUAAAUUUAUAUGUAAUGUUUAACUUGCAUCACUUUACAGCUAUUGUUACAAUUACAGUGAAACCUGUGUGCAAACACCACUGUGUAUAUCAUAUAGAGGACUGUGCAAGAACUAGGUCUUUUCUUAUUGGUUAAAAUGCAUUGCAAAAAAUGAAAAAUGGAACAGUAUGACUUACCUAAGGGAUUAUAUUAGCUUGCUAAUUGCCUUCAGAUUUGCAUAAAUUAAAAAAAUGAGUAAUAAAAAAGGUCAUUAUUCAACAAUUCAAAGCAAAAAAUUAGAUGUAUACAUAUUAAACAUGUAAAGUUUCAAUUUUGUUUUGAUCACUUUAUCGAAAAAAUAUUUAUUUUUAUUGUAAAUUUUGUUAAUGGAUCUUUAAAUGUGCACAUGGUAGACAAAUGGUCUGUUAUGAAAGGGUUCAUCUUUAUUACAGAUGGUAUUUCAGCACAGGUGACACUGUAUUGUACUUUUUUUUCCUAUAAUAAAAGGUCUGUCUAUAUAGAAUUUGGAUUAAAACAUAUGAUAGAAAAUCUUUUUUCAAUGUAUUAUGAUCAUUGAUGAUAAUUUGACUCAACGAGCUUAGAACAGAAACAAUUUUGUGUAGAGAAAAGGUAUGAAUUACGAUAAAUUGAUGCAUUCAAGUGCUGUGUUUCCUCUCAAUGCAUCAGUACGGAUUUGUUGUUGAAUUGGCAGCAAACUUUUCCUUGAGCUGCUGACUAUAUUGAUUGUUAAUGUAUACCUCCUGCAUUUAAAACAAAUAAAAAAACAACUAUUGUGCUCUUUUUUUAAAACGAUUGUAAUGUGUUUUUUUCUUUUUUCUCAAAGAUUCAAUGCAAAUUCUUGAGAGUUUCAAACAAAAACUUGUUGUAUAUAAACAAAGGUGCUUUAAUGUUAAUACAUAUAUAUUUUAUUGUAACAGUAACAUGUGUUUUUUUUUAAUUUGGUGCCAUGUAUGGCCUAUUUAUUAUUAUUACGUAUACGUGAAGUAUCCGUUUAUUAUUGUAUGAUAUAUUAUUUGAAAUCGUUUUCUUUUGUUAGUUCAACUAUAUUAUUGUAAAUCGACUAGUGUUGUUGAAUAUUUUGAAACAAAAUUUGAGAAAGUGUUAAAGUAUUUAUAUUUGACGUAUUAUAUAAGUUUUAGUCACACAUUUUUUUUUGCCAGAGAAAGUUUUAUAUUAUUAAUAUUGUAAUGAUAAUAAUUAACAUUGACAAUAUUUUAUUUAGUUGAUUCAAGUUGAACAGAUCUUUGUUUCCAUAGAGAUAUUAUUUUGUCCAAUGUUAAGCAGGGAAUGAAUGUUUCAGAGUUUGAAUGAUUGAGCAACUGAACAGUUAUUUUAUAUUGUUUGUAUUCUAAACACUUAAGAAGACAGUUAAGUUAAUGGGUAAAGUACUAUGAUUCUUUCUGUUUAUCUAUUUUUCCAUAAGACUUGUGGUUAUUUGUAGUAAGAAUGGGGCAUUAGGUGGGUAAUAAGCUAUAUUAAGCAGACGAAAUGCCUCGUGAAGAAAAAACUAAAUGUUGAACACUGUCACUUUAAUGAAUACUUUUUCUUUACUGAACUUGAACAAGAUAUUUAAUUUGAAUGAUUUUCUGGAAAAAGAUAUUCCAAGACACCUCUCCGGCCCAAGCGUGUUAUAAUAAUUUUUGGUGAUAAGAGAUGGACUUGACAGUGUUUAGCACAUUUUAACCCUUUACAACGCUAUGUAAUAUAUUAAAUGGACUUGUCUAUCUUACAAUUUGGACAAUACCAUUUAUCAAUAUAAGGGGAAUUUUUUUUGAAUACAUGUACUGACUGAAUAGCAAACAGAGCAGACCAUGAUCAGACUUCAUGUAUAUGCAGGCUUUUUUUGAUUCGCACUUGGUCCUAGCUUGACUUAUGGGUAGAUUCUGUUGCGUCCAGCCGGCUAUGGGUUAUAGAUUAUUUUAUUAUUAUGUUGAGGUAUAAGUGUUAGUCAGAAGUGAUAUAUAUAUGAUAUUUUCACUAAAGAUCUGUCCAGUGUUACUUGCAUAUAUACAUAAGUUUACAAAUCCCAAUAUUUUUUUUUAUUUGCUGAGAAACGGGACUUCUUUCAUUUUGUACAGUUAUGUGCCAAACUUUUAGCGAUUGUUGAUGAAGCAGUUAUUUCAGUAUGUACUGGUAUAGUUUUAUAAAGGUUUUUUUUUAUGAAUUUGGAUAGAAGGUUUUUAAGAAGUGUGGCAGAAGUUAUUUGCCGGCACAUUUGUGCGUUGUUUAUGAACUUAUAAAGAUUUAUCUAAAUAACAGGAUACAGGAAAUUUAUAGAAAGGUCAUCAUUGCUACCUUUGCAUCAAAUAUCAAGAAUGGUGUAAAUAUUUUAUAUUUACAGUUUCGUGACUGGCAUGGCAAAUAGAAUGUUUUCUUGCUGCUGAAAAAUUCUUGAUACUCAGUCUGAUGAACUGUUGACUUAAGUGUUGAUGAAUCAUCAUAGAUGUGUUAUUUGCAAAGAAGACAGUAAUAAUUUUAAGAAAGUUAUGCAAGACCACAGCAGCCUUCAUCCAAAUUUAGCUGAAAUGCAUUAUGUUUAAACCAAAAUUAAGAACAUUUCUGAGAACUAUAUUCCAUUUUUAACCUUUAAAAGUCAUGCAUAACUGGCAUAAAAUUGAAAUGUCAAACAAAAAGAAAACCAUGUAUAAUAAAUAUGUAUAUUUUUUUGUUUCCCGUGCCGGUAGUAAUUAGAGAAUUACCAUACAUUUGGCACAUAACUGUACAAUGUACAAGAAAUAAGCAAAGUUUUUGGUCACCCAAGCUGUUCCUACCUCAUUUUCUAUAUUAUCUGUGACAAAAUGCAAAGACCAUUCUCUGAAACAUUUCCAGUUGAUUCAUUUUAUACAUCAUUUCCAACAUUUUCAAACAAAGAGCACUUUUUUCAUGUUCCAGAACACGGGAAUCAUAGUUCAUAAUUAUGUUGAUUCAUUGUUUGUCUGGGGAUUGGGGUGUUGUUUUUUUUCAGAAAAAAAAAGGCUUAUGAAUUACAGGUAUUAUCAUCUUGAUUUUAUAAAUUGAAAUAUAAUUAAUAUGUUAUAGAUUUUUUUUUUUAAUUAAAGUAUAUUUGAUGAAGACCAUACCAUAGGAAGAUCAUUUUUCUUCUUUUCAUAAGCCUUUAACUUCUACAUGAAAGUGAUGUCUCCAUAUUGAAUUUUCGAAACUUAAGAAUGUUUUUAUAAUUUCAAUGAUAUGACAAUUCUUGGGGUAAAAAAUAAUUCACCAACAUGCAACUUUAGAAAAAUUCUAUGGAAACUGACAAGAUUUGCUGAACAUUUUAAGCUCUUUGUUGAGCUUUCAUUUUUAUAAACCAUAAUGUGUAACAUCUUAUCAUUAUUAUCGUCAUUCAGUUAUUAAGCAAUAAUUUGUCUCAUCCUUUUUUUUUAAAAUAUAAUUUAAAUACUGUUAAGUUUUGCUUAUAUAAUCACACAUUUAUUCAUCUUUUUUUUAAAGUUGUUUUAAAUAAUUGAGCAUUAUUCAGAGGUAACUUUACUUAUUAAAAGUUUCAGUUUUACAUUCAAACAUGAAAAUAUCUACUUAAAACAAUUUAAUGAUAGUGACUAUUCUCAUCCAGUUAAUUAAUGAAGUAAUUGAUUACUUUAACCAUGUACAUUUUUAUUUA